UCUUCAUCAUGUGUAGCUUUGUCACUAUGUGGAGGCCUUGCAGACUCAUGGAAAAUUCCUGAAGACCGGUUCCAGAAAUACAAGAUCUCAUAUUCCGAUUUCUGCAAAAACCCUUCACUGAUAGACAACCCAAGACUGGUGCUUCAGAUAAACAAUAAGUAUUACAACUGGGCAACAGCUGCCCCUCUUGUGUUAUGUAUGCAAGCCUUCAAUCAAGAACUACCCCAGGGAGUCAUUGAUCAGUUGACUCAGCAGAGAAUGCCUCCUCAAAGUCGGGGAUGGUGGUUUUCUUGGAGAAGGAGAAGUUUGCCC